UAUUUCGUUUCAAAAGAAGGCGCAAUUACUAGAGUUUAUUAUUAAAUGGUUUUGAACUUAAAGCAAAUUUGGUUUAUUCCUUGUUGGAAAGAAUUGUAGCCGAGUGAGGAUAAAUUUGAUUAUAAAUAAUAUUUGAUUAUAAAUAUCACAUGCGAAUCGUUUUUAACAUAGCAAAAAAUACCUAUGCAAGACUUGUAUUUAUGAAAAUAAUGAAGCGAACAAAAUCAUCUAAUACCACGAAACCACAAAAAAAGACUAAGUUACUCAAUAGUACCGAAACUUCGGUAAAAACAAUAACAACAGAGGACGCAACAACAUCCAAAUCGAACAUAACAGAUUUUGCCGUCGCAGUGCAAGAACAAAGAUUAUUGACGGCAGAAAAUAUAAUUGAAUUCCCAUUUAAGAAAAAAAGAGUACGUAUUUUAACAACAGUUGAAGAAGUUAAAGAACAUACUACUGGUGGAAUUCUUUAUUGGAUGUCAAGAGAUGCACGGGUUCAAGACAAUUGGGCUUUGUUAUUUGCACAAAAAUUGGCACUUAAAAUGCAAUUACCACUAAUUGUGGCAUUUUGUUUGGUACCAAAAUUUUUAAACGCGACUAUAAGACAUUAUAAAUUUAUGCUAGGGGGUUUAGAGGAAGUAGAAAAAGAUUUGCAAGAGCUUAAUAUACCGUUUUAUUUAUUACUUGGACCCGCAGCGGAACAUAUACCAAAAUUUGUAAAGGAAUUUGAUAUCGGUGCUGUGGUUUGCGACUUUGCACCAUUGCGUGUACCGCGAAAGUGGAUAGAUGAUGUUAAAAAUUUAUUACCUAAGGAUAUUCCAUUAACUCAAGUUGAUGCACAUAAUAUAGUUCCAGUGUGGAUAGCUUCUGAUAAACAAGAGUACGCAGCGCGAACUAUACGUAACAAAAUAAAUUCUAAACUUGGUGAAUACUUAACAGAAUUUCCACCAAUCGUUAAGCAUCCUUAUGAUGUCAAACAAAAACGCACCACAAUUGAUUGGAAAGAUGCAUAUGCCUCCUUGAAAUGUGAUAUGUCCGUAGAUGCUGUAGAUUGGGCUAAGCCAGGAUAUAAAGCAGCUUUAAGACAAUUGCAGGAAUUUUGCACUAAACGAUUACGCAUUUUUAAUGACAAACGUAAUGACCCAACCCUAAAUGCACUUUCAGGAUUAUCACCAUGGUUUCAUUUUGGUCACAUAUCAGUUCAACGCUGCAUAUUAGAAGUAAAACGGUACUCUGCUCAGCAUAAGGCUUCAGUUGAUGCUUUUUGCGAAGAAGCUAUUGUACGCAGAGAAUUAGCUGAUAACUUUUGUUAUUAUAAUGAUAACUACGAUAAUAUAAAGGGAUUACAUGAAUGGGCACGUAAAAGUCUUGAUGAACAUCGUAAAGACAAGCGGAGUUCACUAUAUACUUUAUUGGAAUUUGAGCAGGCUCGUACGCAUGAUGACUUAUGGAACUCUGCACAGUUACAAUUAAUCAAUGAAGGCAAAAUGCACGGUUUUCUACGAAUGUAUUGGGCUAAAAAAAUACUUGAAUGGACAGAAACUCCUGAACAAGCCCUGGAAUUCGCAAUAUUGUUGAACGACAAAUAUAGUCUAGAUGGACGCGACCCCAAUGGCUAUGUUGGAUGUAUGUGGUCUAUUGGUGGUGUGCAUGAUCAAGGAUGGGCGGAACGGCCAAUUUUUGGUAAAAUACGUUAUAUGAAUUAUCAAGGCUGCAAACGUAAAUUUGAUCUAAAGGCCUAUGUCGCGCGCUAUGGUGGCAAAAUUCAUACAAAAAGCACAUAAAAUAAAAACUGCAAAACAAAAUUUUAGAUGCGUAAUAAUAUAUUGAAAAUAUUAAAUCUUUGCGUAUUUGUUUUUGCAGACACAUUUAUUAAAAAUUAUAAAUUUUACUUUAGACCACUGAAACUAAUAAAGUUUGAAACUUUAAUAU